CAGGUUGAGCCCUCAGCUUUUGCUUCUGGCGCAAUGGUCAGCUCAAUGCUUAAAGAGAUGGAAGAGCUGUUUGCCGCAAGAUUCGAACGUGGUGACAAGAAGAAAGCGAUCACUCGUCUUCGUGUUGGUGCGACACAGAAAUCCCAUCAUUUCAGUACGUUUCGUACGGGCAUGUGGCUUGGGCUAUCUAUACCG